CCGGGGUCAGAGGUUCCCACAAAACGCAUGCAAUCUCUGGGACGUUUGGCACCGACCACCGCUCUUCACCAUGAGGAGGACCGGGUGGCUGUAACCCUGGUGGGGAUGGUGCCGGUGUGAGGAGCCCGGGUGUGUGUGUUGUUUGCUGCGGAGGACAUGCCUGCUGUCGGGGGGAAAGGGAGGAAGUGUCUGGACAACAUGAAUGUUUUCAACCAAGAAAAUGUGGAGGAAUUCUAUGAAAUCAGAGACGAGCUGGGGAGCGGCCAGUUCGCCGUGGUCAGACGAUGUCGGCACAGGGGCACGGGUGGGGAGUUCGCCGCCAAAUCCAUCAAGAAGCGGCGCAGCAAGUCGAGUCGACGCGGGGUGACGAGGGACGACAUCGAGCGCGAGGUGAACAUCCUGAAGGAGAUCCAGCACCCCAACAUCAUCACGCUCCACGAGGUCUUUGAGAACAAGGCCGAGGUCAUCCUGAUCCUGGAGCUCGUGGCCGGCGGCGAACUCUUCGACUUCCUGGCAGAGAAGGAGUCGCUGAGCGAGGAGGAGGCCACUCAGUUCCUCAAGCAGAUCCUGGACGGAGUCUUCUACCUGCACGCCAAACACAUCGCCCACUUUGACCUUAAGCCGGAGAACAUCAUGCUGCUGAACCGCUCAGUGCCUCACCCGCGCAUCAAGCUCAUUGACUUCGGCCUGGCCCACAAGAUAGACUUUGGCAACGAUUUUAAAAACAUUUUUGGAACUCCAGAAUUUGUAGCUCCAGAAGUAGUCAACUAUGAACCUUUGGGCCUGGAGGCAGACAUGUGGAGCGUCGGAGUGAUAACCUACAUCCUGCUGAGCGGUGCGUCUCCCUUCCUGGGCGACAACAAGCAGGAGACUCUGGCCAACGUGUCGGCCGUCGACUACACGUUCGACGAGGAGUUCUUCAGCAGCACCAGCGUCCUCGCCAAAGACUUCAUAGCGAGGCUCCUCGUCAAAGACCCCAAAAAGAGAAUGACGAUUCAGGACAGCCUCCAGCACCCCUGGAUCAAGCCCAAAGACACCCAACAAGCACUGAGCAGAAAGGAGUCGGCUGUCAACAUGGAGAAGUUCAAGAAGUUUGCAGCUCGAAGAAAAUGGAAACAAUCCGUCCGACUUAUCUCCUUAUGCAACCGCCUGUCCCGCUCCUUCCUGUCCAGAAGCAACAUAAGCGUGGCACGCAGUGACGACACGUUGGAUGAGGAGGACUCCUUUGUGAUGAAGGCCAUCAUCCACGCCAUCAACGACGACAACGUUCCCGGCCUGCAGCAUCUGCUGGGAUCCCUGAACAGCUACGACGUCAACCAGCCCAACAAGCAUGGGACUCCUCCUCUCCUGAUUGCGGCCGGCUGUGGGAACAUUCAGAUCAUUGAGGUGCUGAUGAGGAAAGGAGCAGAGAUCCAGGCCCACGACAAGAGCGGAGCCAACGCUAUCUACUACGCAGCGAGACACGGCCACGUCGAGACCCUGAAAUUCCUCCAUGAAAAGAAAUGCACUCUGGAUGUCCAAGAUAAGUCUGGGGAGACUGCUCUACAUGUGGCGGCCCGCUAUGGAAACGUGGAUGUGGUGAGCUACCUGUGCAGCAUCCGAGCCAACCCGGACCUGGCCGACAGGGAGCAGGAGACCCCGCUGCAUUGUGCUGCCUGGCACGGGUACUCGCCGGUGGCCAGAGCGCUCUGCCAGGCCGGCUGCCACGUGGACGCCAAGAACCGCGAGGGGGAGAGUCCGCUGCUGACGGCGUCCGCUAGAGGCUUUGUGGACAUCGUGGAGUGCCUGGUGGAGCACGGGGCCGACGUAGAGGCGACCGACAAGGACAGCCACACAGCGCUGCACCUGGCCGUACGGAGGUGUCAGGUGGAUGUGGUCCGCUGCCUCCUCAGACACCGAUGCCACCUGGACCAGCAGGAUCGCCACGGCAACACGCCGCUGCACAUCGCCUGCAAGGACGGAAACCUCCCCGUCGUCACGGCGAUGUGCAGCGCCAAGGCCAGCCUGGACAUCCCCAACAAGUACGGCAAAACUCCUCUCCACCUGGCUGCGAACAACGGGAGCCUCGAGGUCGUCCGUCAUCUCUGCCUGUCCGGAGCCAACACCGACGGCGUCACCAACGAUGGAAAGACAGCGGAGGAUUUGGCCCACGCUGAUCAACAUGAACUCAUCGUUUCUCUGCUGGGAAAGCUCAAAAAGGACAACCACAAACUGAGCUACAUCCAGCAGCUGCGGCCCACGCAGACCGUCCAGCCCAGGAUCAAACUGAAGCUGUUCGGACACUGUGGAUCGGGGAAGAGCACCCUGCUGGAGUCUCUGAAAUGUGGCAUCCUGCGCAGCCUCUUCAGGAGGAAGAGGACACGCAUGUCCAACACCACCCGCCACCCAAACUCCCCCGUCAACUCCAAACCUGCAGUGUCGGCGAGCAUUUCCAACCUCUACCCCGGCUGUGAGAACGUCAGCGUUCGGAGUCGCAGCAUGAUGUUUGAGCCCAGUCUGACCAAAGGCGUCCUGGAGGUCUUCUCCCCCGUCACCAACGCUCUGUCCGCCGCCGACGACCAGGCCACCAAGGCCAUCGACAUCCAGCACGGAAACAUCAGCGGUGUGGGGGAGUUCAGCGUGUGGGAGUUCUCGGGGAACCCGGUCUACUACUGCUCCUACGACUACUUUGCAGCCAACGACGCCACGGCGAUCCACCUGGUCCUGUUCAGCCUGGAGGAGCCGUACGAGACCCAGCUGGGUCACAUCACCUACUGGCUGAACCUGCUGAAGGCCCUCCACCUGCCUCAGGACAACAUCGCCUUCGGCGGUCGGGUCCAGCAGCCUCUCAUGGUCGUCCUGGUGGCGACGCACGCCGACCUGGCCGACGUCCCCAGAGCUUUCUCUGGAGAGUUCACCUACGACAAGGAGAAGGUUCUGCUCAAGGAAGUCAGGAACAGGUUUGGAGUCGACAUGCAGGUCUGUGACAAACUGUUUGUGAUGGACGCCGGAGCCUCCAACUCCAAAGACCUGAAGCUGCUGAGGAGUCAUCUGCAGGAGCUUCGCGCCAGCAUCAUCUCUAGGUGUAGCCCCAUGACGCUGCUGUCGGAGCGUCUGCUGGCGACGCUGCCGACCUGGAGGAAGCUGAGCGGACCCAACCAGCUGACGUCGUGGCAGCAGUUUGUGAGCGACGUCCAGGAGCAGAUCAACCCUCUGGUCAGCCAGGAUCACCUCCGGACGCUGGCGCUGCAGCUGCACAGCAUGGGGGAGAUCAACAUCAUGCAGAGUGAGACGGUUCAGGACGUGGUUCUUCUGGAGCCUCGCUGGCUCUGCAGCAACGUCCUCGGUAAGCUGCUCUCGGUGGAGACGCCCAAAGCCAUCCACCACUACAGGGGCCGCUACCGGCUGGAGGAGGUUCAGGCUCUGGCUCCGGAGAGCGACGUGGACGAGCUGCUGCAGAUCCUGGACGCCAUGGACGUGUGCGCCCGCGACGCCACCAACCCCUCCAUGGUGGACAUCCCCGCCCUCAUCAAGACCAACGGCCUCCACCGCUCCUGGACCGAGGAGGAGGAGGAGGACUCGCUGCUCUACGGCGGCGUGCGGAUCGUCCCCGCCGAGCACCUCACCCCCUUCCCCUGCGGCCUGUUUCACAAACUGCAGGUGAACCUGUGUCGAUGGAGCCACCAGCAGAAGCCCGAGGAGGAAGGCGGGGAGGAUUUCGACGGAGACAUCCACCUGUGGACCAACGGCGCCAAGGUGAGCCAGGGAGCAACGGAGGCCAUGAUCCUGCUGGUCAACCACGGCCAGGGGGUGGAGAUUCAGGUGCGCGGGCACGAAUCGGAGCGGGCCAAGUGCUACACCCUGUUGGACACCGCCUGUAGCAUAACAGAGAACCUCCUGUCCUCCACGCUACCCGGACUCCUCACAGCCAAAUACUACCUGAGUCCUCAGCAGCUGAGGGAGCACCACGCCCCCAUCAUGGUCUACCAACCCAAAGACUUCUUCCGAGCCCAGGUCCAGCGGGAGUCUUCGCUCACGAACACCAUGGGCGGCUACCGGGAGAGCUUCAGCAGCAUCCUGUCCUUCGGCUGCGCUGAGGUUUACCAGCAGGGGACUCUGGGAACGGACAUCCACAUAUCGGACGUCCCGCUGUUGGCCCGCAGGAAGCUCUGCCGCAUGCGACCCCCCGACGCUCUGGGCAAAGACUGGUGCCUGCUGGCCAUGAACCUCGGCCUCACGGAGCUGGUGGCCAAACACAGCAACGGGACUCCAAAUGGCGCGCCCGAGCCGGACUCGGACUCGAACCCGGACUCCCAGCAGGCCGAGCUGCAGCCCAGCCCGACGGCGGCGCUGCUGCGGGAGUGGAGCGGGCGGCCGGACAGCACCGUCGGCGUGCUGAUGGCCAAACUGAGGGAGCUGGGCCGCCGCGACGCCGCCGACUUCCUGCUCAAAGCUUCGCCCGUUUUCAGGGUCAACAUGGAGGCGGUGGUCGCUGCCGCCAACGGCUACCCCCCCGCCUGCAACGGUGGCACCUCCUACAACUCCAUCAGCUCCGUCAUAUCCCGCUGAACUCCACCGGGGGGUUUGACUUCCUGUGUCUGACGUGACGUUUCCCCGGAAACAGGACGUGCGUGUGAAUGAACAUGAAGUGCAAUCGUCCAGCUGCUCGCUCCUCAAUCACUCCAUGACGUUGGCGUACGAACCAGAUGUUGUGUUCGUGCUCUCCACACCUGUACAGCCCACCUCCUUUUUUUUUUUCUUCCACUAUGAAUGUUGUGAAAGAGCUGAUUGUCCCGAGCUCCAAAGAGGAAUCCUGUGCUUUUUAUUCUGUUCUUAAAUCUCGUCGUGCUGCUUUUUUUAACGAUAUCCCUCCUACUUCUACUGCACACUGAAGUCUCGCUCAUCUCACGGCUAACGGACAGAAAAGCUACAUUUAAAGAAGAACAACAACAACAACUCUACGUGAAGGAAUGAUUUAAAAGAUGGCCGCCUCAUGUUUGGACCUUUUUUUUUUUUUUUUAAUAUCCAAAUUGAAAACUGAGGACCAUCUCUACUCACUCCGUCCACAAACAGUUACAUAGAAUAUAUCUCCCUCUGUUUAACUGAUGUGACAUUUGAGCCAUUAAAGCUUAGUGUUUAAUAAAUUAACAGCAUUUUUCAGAGUGCCUUUGUGGCCUUCUACCUCCCUAAAGAGCACAAAUAGUCUUAUUAUAAAAAAUAACAGUAGUUCUUUUCAAACAUUUGAAGAACUGUGCCUUGUUGACACUUAAUUUCAAUCAAGUCUAUACUCUUAAAAUGGAAAAGGCCACCUGGAAAGGAAAGGAAAAUGAAGCUCGACUCACGUUACUAUUAAAUUUAAGUGAAACAGAAAGCGGAGAUCAGAUUUCUGCUGUUUUCUGUUUGGUGUUUGAGGCGCUGCUGGAGAUGAAACAUGUUGUUGGAGUCAGCGUGGAGUCGAUGUGACGCUCUGUGGGGGAAAAACAACAUGAUUUAUGUUUAAAUGGUGCGUUUGUGGUUUCAUACGGAGGAUCUAUCUGAAGUAUUAUGUCUUCAUUAAUCCCAAGCAACAGAAAUAUCUUCUUUAGUGAUUCAUUUCUGGUGACACUUUAUUUUACGAGCCCUUUAAUUUCCUAAGAAGUUCCUGGAAAUAACUUUUUUUAUUGUAAAGUGGUAUUAACUAUAGUGAGACAAUGUCAUGAGACGGUUAUAUGUUUGUUUUUGUGGGAAUUUCCUUGACAAACCUGAUAAAAAACCUAAAAGAGAUUAAUUUAAACUUGAGUUAAUAAUCAUAUAUUAUUAAAAACUAACCUCUCCUGCUGUGCUCUGACUAAAAAGUAUUCAAGGAAUCCAUGUACUAAAACCAUUGUUAUACUUACAGGAAACUGCAGCGUCAGACUUAAAUCAAACUGCCAAAAGGUCUUUAUAAAUAUUUAAUGCGGCCGUGAGCUGCUCCUCUGUUUCCUUUAUGCACUUUAACAGACACUCACACAUUAAGUGUUUUUAAGUCUGCAUACUGACUUUUUUUAUAAACUUAAUUCUGUCACUUUUCCAUUCAGAACCUACUUUGGAUUAGUUUGUAGUAUGUUAACAGGAAACACCUUGAGUCUGCAUUCUUCCUAUAAUUAAUACAAAAUUAUGAUAUUGUUCUUUCCAGGAACUUUUCGAAGAGUUUACAGUUAUAUAUUAGUUCCUUUUUUGGGGGAAUUUAAGCCAACUAUGGGACCCUUAAAAUAAAGUGUUAAUAUUAAUGUUUCACUUAAAAAUCUAUCUACUCAUUUCCAGUUCACAAGACGGGACUUUUUUCCAUUUAUAAACAGAAACAGAAGAGUAUUUUUCCCCUUAAAGUACAGUGUCUUAUUAAAGGAUGGUGAUCGUUCCAUCACCAUAAAAGGUGGCACCAAAAUGAUUAAAAAGAAUAGUUAAUUUUUAACAUUUUCUACAAAGCUAAAAGGUAAUUUAUUAUAACCAGUAAACACACCUGACCAUGCUGCUUUUUAAAUGCCUCCUCAACAGGUUUUUCUGCAUUUAUGACGUUAACGAUGAACUUUACCGUCCGCGGUGUCGGAUUGUUUCACAGCAGCAUCGACGCCGCUUCUGUCGAGCUGAAUUUAUAAGCUUCUCUCGGCGUCAGUGUUGGUGGACCGCGUGGCUUCACAUCUCCUUUCACUUUUUGUCUUUUUAUAUCAUGAAGCUACAGCUCGACUCAUGUCAGCAAAAACAAAAGGAAAAGACAGCGUGAGGUUAGAAUUGAUGGCUGAAAAAAAAAGGGCCCUGUUGGAGACAGAAACGUCCUUUUGUGAAAGCCGGUGUUUUUAUAAUGUUAGAGAUCAGAAAAAAAUGCUCUUUUUUUUCACGCGUUGAUGUUUGAAGAAGAGUCUUUCAUUCUUAAAAAGUGAAAUUUUUCUUUCUAGGACGCAGUGUCACAGUUUGCUAAAUGAUGUGCCAGAGUGCAGUAUUUCCUCUCCCCCCCCCAGUGUUACAACCUUUAAAUACUACUUCAAAUACUGUCCUUUAUCUUUUUGUCUUGGCCUAAAUUUGCCAAUCCCCUUGAUGUACGUACUCGAGGGCCUGUUUCCUCGACUUCAUCCUCACCUUUCUGUUCACUCUGUCGGCCCAAAUAUGUUGACUCCAAUUCCAACGAGGCCAAAAUGAAUGUACUACACAUCUCCUAAGAAUAUAUAACAAAAAACACAAAGAUACAGUGAUAAAACGUGUACAAAAACACGAUGGAAUUAAACGUCCCCAAACACCAGAAACACAAUUUCACUUUGUCUCACCGAAGCUUUUGUUGAACUUUGCCAAUGUCGUGUGCCUAAAAACACACAAUCGUUCAUUCCUCUUAUUAUUAUUAUUAUUAUUAUUAUUAUUAUUAUUAUUAUUAUUAUUAUUGCCUUGUACAGUAUACGAGCUGAGAAGUUUCAGAAAGGGAAGUGAAUAUUAUGUUUUUUGUAAAAGCUGGGAAUCACUAUAUUAUUAUCUACUUUGUCUCCGUUUGGUGUCUUUUUUUUUUUUU